GGAUAAGACAGCGCGGCAACACUGUGCAGCUCGCUACUUGGUAUUUUGAUGUGUACCGUGUGCUUGAAAUAUCCGACGCAUUCUGUCUUCAAUGAAAAGCGACGCAGCAGGGACAAACGGAGAGCCCAGCCACUCUUGGAUGGAGGUAUCCCUGGGUCCCAGUGGGGAGUACUGCCUGGCUCAGCACAAAUAAGAGGAGCCUCCAAUAGGAGAAGGAUCUUAGGAGAGCUUGCUGUGUACAUCUAGUGUGGAGGGGGCGUGGAUGUGUGGUGUGGCGGUACCCUAUGGGGUAAACGGCCUCGAGAUUGACUGCUGCUGUGCUAUUGUGCGAUGUGCGCCAUGAGGCAGAAGACAGCAUCCAUGAGGCCUGGGCCCUCAGAAAUUGGCUUCAAGAACAUGCGAUUCCUCAUCACUGAUAGACCCACUGAUACCACCGUGCCAGCCUUUUUAGAGGAAUUCAAGAAGCGGAAUGUAAAGGACGUAGUGAGGGUUUGUGAAGCCACCUAUAAGAAAGAUGUGCUAGAACAGGAAGGAAUAAAGGUUUGGGACUGGCAGUUUGAUGAUGGAUCCCCUCCUCCGGCCCGGGUGGUCGACGAGUGGUUCCAGCUGCUGCGUACCAGGUUCAAGGAGGACCCCGACUGCUGCAUAGCCGUGCACUGUGUUGCUGGACUAGGAAGGGCACCUGUACUGGUUGCCUUAGCACUUAUCGAAUUGGGCAUGACAUAUGAAGAUGCAGUGGAACUUAUACGGCAGAAGCGCAGGGGAGCUAUCAACGCCAAGCAGCUCUCCUACCUGGAGAAGUACCGUCCCAAGUCUCGACUGCGACUGCGGAACGGACACCGGCAGUGCAUCCUGCAGUGAAGCAGGAACAGCAGCACUCACUCAAGCCACCACCUCAGGGGCACCUCUGCACUGUCAGCCGCUACUCGACAGAGGCACACGUCUUGGCUCUCUACGCAAACCCCCCACCCACCCCUUUUUGAUGUGUGAUGUGUGCGUGCAUGUGCCUGUUGUUAGGAUCGUGGGCCCGUGGUGGCUACCAGCACCUCCACAAAAACCACCACUAUCGUUGCACGGAACAGUCACGUGGCGACCUCUUUUUUUAAAACUGUAGCGGGCGGGCCGACUUCUGGUUAUCGGCACACCUGUGGCUUCCCACCUCUUUGUAUAGAAGUGUUUUACGCAUGAGCCAGCAUUGACAGUAAAACUUAUAUUUUUCGUAUGUUUCUUGUUUUUUUUUCCAGUCCCUGUAGAUUUGACGUAUGGUUUGAGUGCCUCAUUUUCGUCGUAGCUGUUAGCGCAAGUACGCUCCGAUAUCAGGGCAUGUUUACGAGGACAAAAUGAAGCGACUGCAUCGCGCUAGAAGUAUUAUAUUUUGAUGUUGAGCAUCACACUGCACUCCCAGCGCUGAGCACAUGCGGACAAAGGACUAAAGUUGUGGUUGGACAUAGUACUUAGAGGAUAUCAGCUUUAUGUGGUUGCAAUUAUCUGUUCCAUUUUAUGUGAGAAUCUGAGUAUUUCAGAGAUGCAGAGUAGUAGUAGCACAAUGUUGUACCCUCUGUUGCCUCCUUUAUGGAGAUUCAAGGUUGUUCCUGCUGCUACAUUUGAUGUACUGCUUCCACAAUGAAUGAUGUAAGUUUGUUUUCAUUGGAAGCAUAAAUAAAUGCGCACCACUAGAAUCACAAUUGUGCUAUUACAAAUCUUGUAACUUCACCUGCAAAUAUUGUGUAGCAGUUUGUUGCUGGGGCACAUCUGCUACACCAUGGGGUGGGUUAAACACAUUUUUUGUUGUAGAAUUACUGCGUCCUAGUGAUUGUUGCAACACAGAUUCAAUCGGCAUAAUUCCAGAGAGAGAGAAAAAAAAGCUUCUGUUAUAGUGCUAGUGCCAUGUCCCACAUACGUUUUUGCUGUUCACGUUUGUAUAAGUGCAGAGGGCCUUGGUGUUUAGAGUUAUUUAUUAUGUGCCUAUGAUAGUAGUGUGUGGAGAAUGGGGUUAGGUGGCAAUGCUCUAGAGCUUCCUUGGCUUUAUCGAAUGAGGUGACAUAGAUUGGUGACAUCGCUCCUGUGCAGACCUCCCCACCCAUGUGCUGGCUGGCCCCCACGUGUCUGUCGAAACUCACUACUCUUUGUCAUACUGAAGGGAAUCGAACUGUGUCGAUGUAGCAGCGAAACUUCCUGUACAUUUUGUUGUUUACAUAUCCAUCUGGAUUGUACUGUCGUGCAGAUAACUCAUGUUUACGAAGGAUAUAAAAAAAAGGGUUUUAUGAAACCGCA